AUGCUAUUCAAACAGCAGGCGUUGCUGAGACAGAAGCUCUUUGUGCUGGGCAGCCUUGCUAUCGGGAGUCUCCUCUAUCUAGUGGCCAGGGUUGGGAGCUUGGAUAGGCUGCAGCCUAUUUGCCCCAUAGACAGCAGACUGGGCCCUCCUCACCUGCCGGAGCAGAUCCCUCUCCGGACCCUGCAGUAUAAACGUGGUCUGCUCCACGAGCUCCGCAAGGGCAAUGCCACCAAAGAGCAGAUCCGCCUGCACAACCUGGUGCAGCAGCUGCCCCGGGCCAUCAUUAUCGGGGUGCGCAAGGGGGGCACGCGCGCCCUGCUGGAGAUGCUCAACCUGCACCCGGCGGUGGUCAAGGCCUCGCAGGAGAUCCACUUCUUUGACAACGACCAGAACUACGCCCGGGGCAUCGACUGGUACCGGGAGAAGAUGCCCUUCUCCUUCCCCCAUCAGAUCACCAUUGAGAAGAGCCCCGCCUACUUCAUCACAGAGGAGGUCCCCGAACGCAUCUUCAAGAUGAACUCCUCCAUCAAGCUGCUGAUCAUCGUGCGCGAGCCCACCACCAGAGCUGUGUCUGACUACACACAGGUGCUGGAGGGCAAGGAGCGCAAGAACAAGACCUACCACAAGUUUGAGAAGCUGGCCAUCGACGGCAACACGUGUGAGGUGAACACAAAGUAUAAGGCUGUACGGACCAGCAUUUACACCAAGCACUUGGAGCGCUGGCUGAAGUACUUCCCUGUGGAACAAUUCCACAUUGUGGACGGGGACCGUCUGAUCACGGACCCGUUGCCGGAGCUGCAGCUCGUCGAGCGCUUCCUCAACCUCCCGUCCAGGAUCAGCCACUAUAAUCUGUACUUCAAUGCCACCAGGGGAUUCUACUGCCUGCGAUUUAACAUUGUCUUCAACAAGUGCCUGGCAGGCAGCAAGGGGCGCAUCCACCCUGAGGUGGACCCUUCGGUCGUGGCCAAACUGAGGAAGUUCUUUCACCCCUUCAAUCAGAAGUUUUAUCAGAUCACUGGCAGGACAUUCAACUGGCCCUGA